GUUGCGUUUUGCAUCGAAGCCUCAGUUCUAAAGCUACUUUUAGGGUCAUCAAACGCUUUAUAGACGUCAAAACUUUGUUAUCUUACAACCCUAUUUUUAAUUAUAAAAACAGUGCGUGCAAGUGGAGAUAAUCAAAUGAGAGUAUAGACUGUACUGUGACAUAGUUUCAACGUGUUAAGUUUUAAGUUAAGGUUGUGUUUGUGGUUAAGUGAAAAGUGCUGGAUAACUAAGGUGUGGUGACAUCAGUGCUAUGGCAGGGCACGUGAGGGGUUGAAAGAUGUGGAAGGACACUUUCUACGUGAAAUCUGUAAGGAAAAAGGAGACCUAAAUAGGGUCUCACGAUGUCCAGCUGCUCUGGGCCCGGCGUGUGCGGCGGCGCGCGCCGGCGUCCCCCGCCGCCGCCCGAGCCGGCCCUGUCUCUCGCCGCCGACCUGAGUGAACUGAGCUUAGACCAGGGCUACCACACGUUGGCUGACUGUGGACCGCCCAGGAGAAGACGGGAUAACACCCUCAGCGAUGCUAUUUGGUUGAAGAUAUUGUCACAUUUGGAGGUGUCAGACCUCUGCCGCAUGUCUCGCGUGUGUCGACGCUGGGCGCGACUGAUAUCGCGUCUGACUGCCAGGCCCGAGGUUUGGAAGAAGAUCCGAGCGGCCGGGCCGUUGGAAGUGGCAGCCCGAUGCGCAGGGGCGAGGGCGGGCCCUUGCGUUAAUGGAGUCAGGGAAUGGCGGGCGAAGAAUUCUGUGGUGACCGCCGCAGGUGCACAGCUCCUAGCCGCGACGUUCAGAAACCUGACGCAUCUAGCGGUGACCGGCUCGAGUAGUAUGGAUGCGCGUGCGCUGGCGCCGCUCAUCACCGACCUGGUCGACUUGAGGCAUAUCGACCUUACCGGCUGCCCAUCCGUGGACUGGCCUGAGUGGGCCUGGCUGGAGGGUCGGUUAGCAUCCCGCCGGCCACCCGUGGAGUAUAUAGACCUCACGGACUGCGGGGCUGUCACCGACGCUGGAUUGUGUGCGUUGUUGCACACGUGUCCAUCGCUCCAGUACCUGUAUCUACGAAGAUGUACCCUAGUCACAGAUGGCGGCGUUCGGUGGAUCCCUUCAUACUGUGCGCUCAAAGAGCUCAGUGUGUCCGACUGUACCGGCGUCACGGACUUCGGUCUCUACGAGCUGGCGAAACUGGGCCCGGCGCUGCGAUACCUUUCUGUGGCUAAGUGUACUCAGGUGUCAGACUCCGGAGUACGGACACUAGCCCGCCGCUGCUACAAGCUACGGUAUCUAAACGCGCGCGGCUGCGGAGCUCUGGGCGAUGAUGGAGUAGAGGCUGUGGCUAGAGGCUGCUCCAGGCUAAGGGCCUUGGACCUCGGAGCCACUGACGUGUCAGAGGCUGGCUUACAGAUCCUCGCCCGCUGCUGUCCAAACCUGAAGAAGCUGGCUCGCGGCUGCGAGCUGAUCGGAGACGACGGUCUCGAGGCAGUCGCGUACUACUGCCGAGGUCUCACGCAGCUCAACAUACAAGACACGCCCGUCACGCUGCGAGGGUACCGGGCAGUGAAGAAAUACUGCAAGCGAUGUGUUAUCGAACAUACUAAUCCUGGAUUCUGUUGACGCUAUAGCUGUAACGUAAUUAUAUCGAUAACCUACGCGUUAUAUGAAGUUCUGUAUUCAACUAAUCGUUAAACUACUACUGUAGUAGUCGGUUUGACAUAACUCAACAUCCAAGACACGCCGGUGACGCUCAGGGGUACCGGGCAGUGAAGAAAUACUGCAAGCGAUGAUUUAUUGAAAAUACUAACCCUGGAUUCUGUUUACAAUAGGAACUACAUUGGAAACUCGGUUAAAACUAUGAAGCUAAGGAUACGCGUGUAGUGUGGUAAAGUAUCACGCAGCUCGAUAUUCAAGAUUCACCUCUCACGCAAUGCAUUGUUAUAAUUUCAGCUGAUUAUUACAUAAAUCUCUCUCUAAAUAAAUCCCAUAAAUCCAACAUGGUAGCGUGUGAAAUAAAACUGUUGUUAGCGAUCACUAUACUUUUAUAUACCUACUAGAGAUGUACCUACCGACUAUUGAUUUAGCCGACUAGGCCGACUACCGGUUAAUCGUCGGUUGGGUGGCCGAUUAGUAGGCCGACUGGUCGGCUAGUCGGUAAGAACAUAAUUUUCGACUAAAAUCACCAGAAUUUUUUGUCAUUCAAUCGCAAUGUUCAUUAUUUUUACAAGUUCAAAGUUCUACUUAUAAGAAAAUUUUCUUUUUUAACAACCGGUUUAGCUUAGUGUGUACUGAUCCUGGCUAUGAAACCGACAGUCCUAGGUUCGAAUUUCAAUGAAGGCCAUUUAUUUCUGUGAUGAUACUGAUGAGCACAGAUAUUUUUUGUUUUGACUUUAAAAGGCAUAACCAAUAUGUACAUAAUACAACUAUAUCGGCUAUUAAUUUAUUUUGUCCUGUUUUUUUAUCACUUAUAAGGGGUCGACUAAUCAGCCUUUUUUGCCAACUAAGCGCCGACUACAAAUGUAGCCGGAUAGUCGGCUUUCCCGACUAAGCGGUACAUCCCUAAUGCCUACCUACUGUCACGUAUCGCGUAGUGUCGAAACGAAAUCGAGGUGUGCGUUCUAUCGGAAAAUAGUAUUCAAUGGAUUCGUGGAAAACAAAUUUCGUCUUUAGUCAGGAGUGUCACAGCUAUAUUUUGAUUGAAGGUUGAAUUGGUUUUAUCUUUUAGAACAUAAGAAUGUGUUUGAAUAUUAGGAGAUACCUAUAGUCAAAAGUCUUAGAUCGGCUAUAUAUUAUAUCUAAUUGCAGAUUUUCGAUGAGAAAUGUUUAUUAUAAUAACACUGAUUUAAUAAUAUACAGUAAAAAACUUUAUUCCGGAUAAGUAAUCGGAGCUUUUAAUUUUAAAUACCCAGUUUAUAAAAACGAGCCUUCAGCGUAGGUAUUAGAAAAUAAAAUAUAAAAAUAGAACCCGCCCGAUUUCUUGAAUUUUGUUUAUAAUAAGGAGUUAGAAAGUUUUUUGAUAAACGAGAUAUUAAUAAAUUGUAAAGAAUUUUUAAAGUUUGAUGUAGAUUUUAUGACACAACUGUUUGGAACUUGUUAAAAUUUAAGCUUGUUUUACCUAAUUGGUGUUUCGUUCGGAUCUUUAGGGUGUGUAUUUACUAGUUUGGGUUUUUGAUUGAAUUUAUACACGAUCUGUAUAUUUCUUUAGUUUUUCCCAAUGUCCAAUUUUUAAACAUAAUAGAACGUCCAAGUGCACAUAAAAUUAUAUUUAUUGUACUAAUUUCUACGCGGCGGGUAACCGCUGUGUUAAAAUGUGUCACUUAACACGGCAAAUAUAUUAUACCUAUAACUAUAUUAUAUAACAAAUGAAAUCGUUAAAUUGUUAACACUUAUUGCUCUUUGUAUAUGCUUAUAAUUAUAGUCAGUUGAUAAGUUAUUUCUUGUAGCUUGUGUACAGUGCCAGGGAUAUUGUCAUGAAAUAAACAAAAUAGAGCAUCUUUUUUUGCCAUUUUUUUAUUUUUUUUGUAGGGAAUUUUAGGUCAA